GGCUGGGUAUUGGCCCGAGAUUUCGUAUUGCGAUAUAUUGCGAUAUUUAUAACUGUAUUGCGAUAUGUAUUGCAAUAUUUUUAAUGUAAUUUAAAUGGCAUUUUCUUACUAUAUUUACUUAAAUUUACAUGCAGAAUGUACAUAACUAUGAUAAAUAACCCACGCAUAAAAAAAAUCUUGUUGAUUUCAUUUAAAUUAUGCUGAAAUGUUCCCACAAAACAACUUCUGUCUUACUGUUUGGCUUAAUAACAAACUUUCAUACAUUCAUUUCUAUAUUUAAUCACAAAAUUCCUUAAUCUAAGCAUAUUGCCAAUAUAUCGAUAUUACAAAAUCGUAUUGCGAUACAAUAUUUUUCGUCAUUGUAUUGCAAUAUAUUGAAAUAUCGAUAUUAUUGCCCAGCCCUAUAUAGAAGUGAUCAUUUAUUAAGCUUAAACAUAUAUUUUUAAAAUUUGAGAUAUCAUACAAAACAUAAUGGAUGACGAAAAAAGAAAGAUGAAACAGUUAUUGAAAGAGAAAAUGGAAGGAAAGGAUGGCGGAUUAGAUUGGAUGCGCAAAGAAAAUAAACCGGACGGUAAUGAUUAUCUACUGGGCAAACGAGUGGACAGGCACAUUGAGGAAGCCGUGGAAGUCGUCAAAGAUGAUGACAUUGCACUGUUCAAUGAGAGAAUCAAAGCCAACAUUCAGCUUGAUAUGCAGAACAAAGCAAGAGAAGACCCACUAUUUGCUAUAAGAAAAAGGGAAGAAGAUGUGAAAAAGAGACUUCUUGAAAAUCCAGUUAGAAUGAAACAGUUACAGAAAAAUCUGGAAAAGCAGAAAAAGAAAGCAAAAAAGAAGCACAAAAAGCAGAAAGGAUCAGAUGAUUCAGAUGAUGAUCUGAUGAAGAAAUAUUUAAACAUCUUGAAUAAAAAGAAAGGGAAAACAGAGGAUGAUGAUGAUGAUGAUAAUCUGUCAAACAAAGGGAAGCACAGAGGUGACAAAAACAAAGAAAGGCAGCAGGGAAGAUCAGAUCACAGAGGCAGAGAGGAUUCAUAUCAUGACAGGUCAUCAAAAUCCAGGCCGGAGAAAAGGUAUCAGGAUAGGGGUAGGGAGGAUCUGGAAGAUGACAGAGGAAAUUCUAGAAGUUUUAGAAACUCAAGGGACAAUUCCAGUGACCAGUAUUCUAGAGACAGAUCCCAUAACUCACAAGGUAAUAGAUAUAGGGAUUCAUCUCCUCAGCACAGAAAUUCCUCGGGUAGAUCAAGGAGAAGAUCAGAAGAGCGGGAUAGGAAGAAAACUCAGGAUAGGAGACAUGAUCAGCAAAGACGUAGAGAAAGACAUGAUUCAUCAGGAAGUGAAUCUGAGGAAGUUCAAAGAAGAGGAAGGAGAAAAGACGGCUACAAUAGACGUCCUGUGUCUAAUGAGAGAGGUAGUGGGAAAAACAGGCCAGGAGUUGGAAAGAAAAGGGAAGAGUCGUCAGGUUCUGAAUCGGAUGACAGGUCUGGUGGGAAAUACAGACAAAAAGGAGAGUCAACGAGAACUAGUAAAUCAAAAAGACAUGACUCUUCUGACAGUGAAUCAGAUUCUGAGGAGAGGAGUAGAGAGAAGAGGAGACCUACAUACAGACAAAACCAACAGGCUUCGCCUCAUAAAGACGACAAUCAUCCUACACAGAAGAUAAAGACACAGAGCAGCAAAAGGUCAGAAAGUUCAAGUUCUGACAGUGACAGUGAACCAGAACGAAGGCCUGUCAAACAGUAUGGUUUAAUUAAACUGAAAAACACUGAUUCAUCUCAGACAAAAGCUGUCUCUUAUUCUCCAGAACAUAGAAAAAGAGAAGAGAGAAAGAAAUCUAGGUCACCAGAUCGUAGGAGAGAUGACAAAUAUUCAAGAACAAGCAGAAGGUCAAGGUCACCAAGGCAGCGUUCUAAAUCUCCAAAACCAAGGUCAGGGGUUAGGUCACACAAGGACAGGAGUAGAUCGCCAGUGAGAAGGAAACUAACAGAAGAUGAAAAGAAGAAGAAGUUGGAGGAAAUGAUGCAGAAUGCACAAUGGAGGGAGGAGCAAAGGAAGUCUAAUGUAAAGCGCUACACUGAGGAGGACAGAAAGGAAGAGGAGGCCCUUAGGAGCAAAGAGGAGCCUGAAUUCCUCAAUCCUAUGAUGUCAGGCCAUGCAGAUAAGAGUUCUGUUGAAGAUAGACUGAAGAGGAACAGAAACAAACUUCAGAGAGGGACUGGGCAUAUGGACAAGGGGUUUCUCAAUAAGUGACAAGCUGGAUAAAGAAGGAGUGGGCAUAUGGACAGGGGAUUUCUCAAUAAAUGACAAGCUGGAUAAAUAGACUUGAGCCAUGUCUAAGUUUUAUUAGACUCUCAUUUGUCACAAAAAUGAAAAUUCAUGCUGGUCAAUGAAUUUCAUUCACAGAAAAAAAUAUAGAUUAAAAAAAAUAUACCUGUAUCUCAAAUAUUUAAUUUGUAAUAAAGUUUGCACUAAAAUGAUCAUGAUUUAUCA